AUGGGAGCAUCAACUUCGACGGAGCAGAAGGUUUCGAUCAAGCAACGAGAGGCGGAAACCCUAGCAGCAUCCACUGGAGCUCUUUCUAUGCUUCAGAAAUCUUUCUCCAACCUCGCCGAUCCUGAUUCUAAUGCAAUUCCCCUCAACUCUCUUCAGCAAUGCUUCUGUUUAACGUACAAGAACCCAGUAUGUGAAGCUCUUACAGUGCCUGAUUCAUUUCCGAUGCUGUUGGAUCAUCUUGGUUCGUCAAUUCUGGACCCGUUUUUCGUCUCGGAGAAGGGCAAAGUGAGCUGGGUUGAGUUCGUUUGGGGCUACAAGAAGUGUUGUGCAAGAAUGUCUGCGUCCGUGUCGCUUAAUAUUGUUAGUUCUAGGGAGAAGAGAGGCUUAGGAUAA